CCGACGCAUGCGUGCGGACCAUGAAUCGUGGGAUUGUGGAUUGACAACAACGCGGCGACUGCAACAGGGACACCAAGAGCUCGCCUUCCUCUGCGUGGGAUCGCGCCCCGAACUCCUGUUUUGUGCCACGCGAUGCGUUCUCGCCUCUUCUGGCUGAUUCAGGCAGCCGUCCUACUUGGCCUUUUCUUUCUGCUGCAUCGCCAUGUACGCUCCAGCGCAACCGUGCCGCCAGAUCCUGCCCGGGCCGCCCCGCACGAGAUCGCCAUCCCGCGAAUCGUCCAUCAACUGUUCGUCCCCAUGGCGGGACACACCGUAUCAAGCUUCCGCCCAGAUGGGCAUAGCAUCUCCUGGCUGCAAUCCGGUUGGAAGGUUGAGUACUGGGGGGAGGACUCGUGUCUCGAACUGGCCCACGAACUCGAUGUUACCGGCUCCUACGCGAAAACCUUCCAGGCACUUCCGGUUCCCAUUCUCAAGUCGGACUUCUGUCGCUAUCUGAUCCUGUUCGGGCGGGGCGGGGUCUACAAUGAUCUGGAUGUCCACCUCCUCCAGCCCUUGCCGUGGUCGGUCAUGGGCCCGACCGGGAAUGUCGACGAAGGAGCCCCUGCCGUGAUCGUCGGGCUGGAAGGCGAUGCGUCCACGACCGGACUCCCCCGAUCUCCGCAGUUUGUCCAGUGGACGAUGGCAUCCGUUCCCUCCCAUCCCAUCUUCCGCCAUGUGUUGCAGUCCAUCGUGGACCGCACAUCCCAGUAUAUCCCCCAGACGGUGGCAGACGAUGCCGAUGUCGACGUGAUGAGCUGGACCGGGCCCAGUGUCUGGACCGACGCCGUGCUGGGGUAUCUGAACUGCGCGGACGAGCAGGUGCAGCAGCUGCGUGAUCUCAAGGCCAUGGUCCGGAUCCAGGACGUUCUCAUCCUUCCCCGGCGAUCAUUUGCAGUCCUUCGUGGCGAAGACCAAGGGGCACCGGACGUGUUGGUCAAGCAUUAUUUCUCUGGGAGUUGGAAGACGUGCGCCCGGGAGUGGUUCCGUUGGCUCUGGCCAGGAGGGUGUUGACUGCUGCUGCAUCUCGAGGGAUAGUAGGAGCAUGCCUAGUGCGCCUGAAGUGUAUACUAAUAUAUUCAUGAAUUGCCUUCGUUUUGCUAGUCGUACAGGUUGGUGAAUGGAUUGGGGAGAAACACCGGGGGUAUCGCUGAUGAUGCAGAUCCAUGGCCGCCGUUCCGGAUAUCAGGUCAAGGAACAGACCGCUAGAACAUCUGAUCAGACACAUCCAGCCCGCGA